AUGGACAGGAGGAAGAUUGUAAAGGUUGAAGAGAAAGCAGCUUUAAAAAAUAAAGUGGAGAAGGCUGUGAAAGAAGAACUUGAGCGUCUUAAAAAAUCAUCUGGCUCGGUUUUUGAUAAUGAUGGCAGUCGGGAUUCAGUGUGUUCGGAAUCAUCAUUUGGAAGCCAGCCAGCUCCAAAAAGAUCGUCGAAAAAUGUUUCUUUUUCUGGAACUUUAGAGCACACUAAAGUUUUUGAUAAACGCGUCAAAGAUCUUCAAUUUAAACCAUCAGAUGCUUCUCCGGGUCGAGGAAUUUUAAAAACUCCCACAUCGGCGAAGAAAGUGAAGAAGUCCGUUACUGUUGCUCCUGAAGCCGAAAACGGAAAAGAGAUGGGUCCACCAAAAAAGAGGGUAAAAUUAUCGGAGAAAGUUGCCGUCACAACAGAGCCCGCCGAUGAAGAAAAUACCGAACCUCAAGCUAAAAGUACUGAAGUCAAUGAUGAACCAGUUUUCAAAAAGAAACGAUCAAUUCAGGUGACAAAAUCGGUGAAAGAAAAAUUGCUAACAAUGGAUCGCAAAGAAAGAAAGGCUUUCCUCAAAGAGCUCAAAAUGAAGAAGAAGCCUGAAGCAGCUCGUGCUGAAAAGUGUAAACAAUUAUGGGAAAAAAUUCGAAGUUCAAAAACUCCGACUGCUGAGAAAGACCAAGCUGUUCAUGAGUUAGUCGGACUCGUUAAAGGGCAUGCGGCAAAGUUGAUCUACGCUCAUGACACCAGUCGGGUUAUUGAGUGUCUUGUCUCGACGGAAAGAGAAGGAAUCAUCAAUAUGCUGUUUGACGAAUUGACGCCGGAAAUUGUGAGAAUGUCUAAAAACGUCUACUCAAAAUUCUUUGUCAAAAAAAUGUUGAAAAAUGGCAACAAACAUCAAAGAGAAACUAUCAUCAACGCCUUCAGAGGACAUGCUCCAACACUUUUGAGAAUUCUUCAUGCUGCCGAGGUUCUUGAAUAUGCUUACAACGAUUUUGCCAAUGCGCAUCAGCGUUUCAACAUUAUCUCUGAGUUUUAUGGAAAAGAAUUCAUUUUGUUCAGGCCUGACACCAUCAAAAGCUUGUCGCAAAUUAUUAGCGAGGAGCCCUCAAAGAAGCAAGUCAUCCUAAAACAUCUAGAGGAGACUAUUGAAGCUGUUAGUGGAAAGGAAACUGUUCGUCUUUCAAUCGUCCAUAAGCUCAUGCUCGACUUUUUUGAGAAUUGUGACGAAGAGAAGAGAACUAAUAUGCUUGAUUCGUUAAAGUAUAAGAUUCCUGAAUUCAUUCACACUCCAGAUGGUGCUCGUCUUGCCAUGAAACUCGUGUGGUUUGCCCCGGUGAAAGAGAGAAAGCUUAUCGUCAAAAAUUUCAAAGAUCUUUCUGUUAAAGCUGCUAUGGAACAUUACGGUCAUCGUGUGCUUCUCUCGAUUUUCGAUACCGUUGAUGACACUGUCCUCGUUAACAAGUUUAUAAUUUCGGAACUCUCCAAUGAUAUUAAGCGAUUGGUUGAAGACGAAUGGGGUGAGAAGGUUCUUCAUUAUUUGGUUCAUCCGCGAGAUGGGCGAGGUAUCGAUAAGGCUGAAAUUGCCUUCCUUCAAGAGGGUGAUAAGAAUGCGCACUCGAAAAAGUCGAAGGAAGAUCGCUAUGCUCAGCUCUAUGCAGGAAUCACGGAAUCUCUUUAUGCUUAUCUUGCUGCUAAUUUAGAAGAAUUGAUUUUUGAGAAGAAUAAAUCGAAAUUUGUUGCGGCGUGCCUUGAAACCACUUCCAAAUUCGAUUUAUUCGAUCGCAAAGUGCCAUCGGAAGCUCGGAAAGAAUGCAAUAAGGCGUUCGUCGAAAUUGCCAAAAAAGAUUUCAUUCCAAUGGACCAAGAAGGAUUCCAUAUUAUUGAGCACAACAGCGGCCAUUUCGUUUUGAUGGCUGUUAUGCGGUGUGAUACGGAUCUCCCAGAAGAUGAAAGGCUAUCGAAAGCGCUUGUUGAUGGACUUUCGAAGCAACAACUUGGAUCGUGGAUUUCGUGCAACAAGGGUUGUCAUGUUCUUCUGAAAAUGCUCCAAGUCAGCUCUCAAUCGACCGCUGAAAAGCUAAAAGGAGCGAUUAAUCGUCCAAUAAAGGAGAAUCGUGGGGAAGCGUCUGACGAUGAGCACGUCAUCAAGAUAACCGUGUCCAGUGUAAUGCAGGGCGUCAAAAAGGUGGUGGUUGCGGUGCGCGAGAAGUGCUCGGUGCAAACGCUGAAGUUGGCGAUCGAGAUGGCCACCGAGGUUGCCGUCGACAAACAAAUUCUGCUCUACAAGGGCAAUGAGCUCAAGGAGAACAACGCGACGAUCGCCGAUUACGGCAUCAAAUCGGACGCCGAGAUCACGAUGAACGUGAAAAUGAGCACGGGAUUGUUCACGAAGCCGACGGCGACCGACAUGAUAUUUCUGGUGCCGGCGAUAUUGCCCGACAAUCAAGACCAAUUGCGCAAAACGAUCAAAACAAUGAAUAGUGUGAGUCGAAAGCCGAAGAAGAUGAGCGGCGUCGAUGAGAACGCGAAAAUCUGGACGCCCGAGAAGCAGCUCGAAGCCGAAUUGACGAGGAAUCGAAUGAAGACGUUGUUGCGACGCAAAAAGGGACCCAAUCAUUUGUCGAGCACGCCGGUUGAGACGCCGGAAACGCCAAGCGCUCAAUAUUCGCCGGUGUCGACGCCGCCGCCGGAGGCCGCGCAUGCCUCCGGCAGCAGCUCGAAUGUUAGCGCGGACGCUGAGCGCGUCAUCACCGACAAGGAGCUCAAGCUCUUCUUCGAUCCUCCCGAAUCCUAUGAGGAAUAUAAGCGAAAUCGUCGGAUAUUGUAUUUGCCGCCGAAAAAUGAGCAAGAGCUUCUCAACUAUAACAAGAAGUUCGCCGAGGAUCGAAAAACGAAAUGCAAUGCGUGCUUCAAAAAGUUGUCGGCCGCACAACAGACGAUGGUGUGCAAAUGUCGGCGCAUCUUCUGCGAUGCUCAUCGCUUGCCGGCUCAACAUUUGUGCAAAAUCGAUUAUAAGCAGGAUGGACGAUUCAAACUGAAAAAGGAUUCAUCAAAAGUUGGAAGCGGCGGAGCGCGAAAAGCGAAAUUCUCAAAUUCGACGUCGGAAAAAUCAAAGAAAACGGGAUAUUAUGAUAUGUAG